UCCCAUUUGAAGGGUUUCCAGCAUGCACUAAUACCCUACUCCUUCAUUUAAGCGGUGGCUCAGUAGUGAGAGGGUCUCAGCACACAGGAUCAAAGUCUCAAAAUUAAUUCAUCAUCAAUUUUGAAGAUGACUGUCGAGUUUGAACUCUGUCCAGGAAGAAGAAUCGGGGGCUCCAACCCCUGUUUCAUCAUCGCAGAGAUCGGUCAGAAUCAUCAAGGAGACAUUGAGAUUGCCAAGAAAAUGAUUCGCAUGGCUAAGGACUGUGGAGCAGACUGUGUUAAGUUCCAGAAAAGUGAGCUCGAGCACAGGUUUACUAAGCGUGCACUAGAGCGCACAUACAACUCCCCUCAUUCGUGGGGAAACACAUAUGGGGCCCACAAGCGCCAUCUAGAGUUCAGUCACGAAGAGUACAGGGAACUGCAGCAGUUUUCCAGAGAAGUGGGAAUUUUCUUCACUGCAUCAGGAAUGGACGAGAUGGCUGUGGAAUUCCUGCAUGCAAUCAAUGUACCCUUCUUCAAAGUGGCCUCUGCAGACACCAAUAACAUCCCUUACCUGGAGAAGACCGCCAAGAAAGGUCGUCCUAUGGUUAUAUCCAGUGGUAUGCAGUCUAUGGAGACUAUGCACUGUGUUUAUCGGACAGUGAAGAAGCAUAACCCAAACUUCACCAUCCUGCAGUGCACCAGCGCCUAUCCACUGCCCACAGAGCACGUCAACCUGCGCGUCAUCACCGAAUUCCAGAAGGAAUUUCCUGACAUUCCGAUCGGCUACUCUGGCCAUGAAGGGGGCAUCAGUGUGACUGUAGCUGCUGUAGCACUGGGGGCAAAGGUUGUGGAGCGGCACGUAACCCUAGACAAAAGCUGGAAGGGCAGUGACCACGCAGCGUCACUAGAGCCGGCCGAACUGGCAGCACUGGUGCGAGAGAUCCGGACAGUGGAGCUUGCUCUGGGCUCUCCAGUGAAGCAGAUGCUGCCCUGCGAAGCCUCCUGCCACAAAAAGUUGGGUAAAUCAGUCGUAGUGAGGAAGGCAGUGCAAAAGGGUACAGACUUAACCCUCAAUAUGCUGGGAGUUAAAGUGGCAGAACCACAAGGAAUACCACCAGAGAAGAUCUUCAAACUGGUGGGUAAGAAGAUCACAGUGGACCUACAGGAGGAUGACACCAUCACUUAUGAUAUGAUGAAAGACUGAUCUUCAUUUGGAUUUAUUCAUCAUUAGUAAGUUAACAGUCCUGCUUGGACAUGUUUUAUGAAAACUAGGUAUGAACAAGCUUUUAUUUCAAUGCUUUAUUUACAUAUCAUUUCAUGGGAUGCGGUAUAUCAACAUUGAGUUUAGGUAAUUUGAGACUAUGGAGCUGAUGUUGCUCAAAUAGAAUUACUGAUUGGACUUUUAUGACCCUUUGAGCAGGCUUUGUGUUGCAGAAGAAAUGCUACUGCAAUUAUUAUAUUGGGGCUGGUCAUUAGAGAUUAACUGUAAACAGGGACACAACAUAGAGAACCUCUGGUUUUGUGCUAUGGAAGUUUUUUUUAGUAUCUGUUUUUUACAUUUAGCAUGAAAUAUAAUCAUUAAAUGUGUCUCUUGACAAACUGUGUUUGUUGAGUUUUUUAACUGCAGUUCAGUGGGAUCAACAUAAUAGGUUGCACAUAGACAGUGAUUGUUGUGGAUGAUGUUAACAUGGUGAAUGAUCUGAAAUGAAUCCGUUAAUUUCCUUAAGUGCAAUUUCCUUAAGCCUGUAUAGUAUCUUCAAGUACUUUCAAAUGUACUUUAAUAAAUAGUCUAUUAAAAAUUG